AUGAGGUGGUCACCGCUCCUCCUUCUCUUGACGGCCUUGUCGCCCGUCAUGGCCAUCCGCAAGCUCGAGUCCAAGUCGCUCAACACGUGCCAGUCUGAUUCCAUGUUCUCGGCCAGUCUGUUCAACGUCGUCUUCACCCCCGACAACGGUACUGCCACUGUCAACAUUGUCGCCGUCUCCUCCGUCCAGGGCAGCGUCGUCUUCGAUAUCUCGCUCAAGGCAUACGGUUACGAAGUCAUCCACCGUACCAUCGACCCCUGUGACAUUGACCUCGCUGGUCUGUGCCCCAUGACCGCCGACAAGAUCAACCUCAAGUUCAACAUCGACAUUGACGAGGAGGCCACCAAGGUCAUCCCCGGUAUCGCCUUCUCCAUCCCCGAUCUUGAUGCCACCUUCCGCGCCUACCUCAACCUGACGGAAACCGGCGAGAGUGUUGCCUGUGUCGAAGCCGACUUCUCCAACGGAAAGACGGUCGACCUUGUCGGAGUCAAGUGGGCCACUGCUCUCAUCGCCAUUCUCGGUCUCAUUGCUGCCGCUGUCGUCUCUGGCAUGGGUCACACCAACGCCGCCGCUCACUUGGCCGCCAACACGCUGUCUCUCUUUGGUUACUUCCAGGCCCAGGCCAUCAUUGGUCUCACCGGUGUUCACCUGCCCCCCGUUGUCCAGGCCUGGACCCAGAACUUCAUGUGGUCCAUGGGUAUCAUUCGCGUCGGCUGGAUGCAGGACGUCUUCACCUGGUACCAACGUGCCACCGGCGGUGAGCCCAGCACUCUGUUCAACUCGAUGAGGACCUCCUCCGUCCAGGUCACCAAGCGAUCGGUCGACUUUACUGAGGGUGCCGCUGGCAUCAUGGCUCGUGCUGGCACGGCCCUGGCCAAGCGCGCCAACAUUCAGCUCAGCUCCGGUUCCUUCAUCGUGUACGGUAUCCAGCGUGUCGCCUUCCGCGCCAAGAUUGAGUCGACCAACCUCUUCAUGACCGGCCUUACCUUCUACUGCAUCUUCGCCGUCCUCACCGUUCUCGUCGUCGCUCUCUUCAAGGGUUUCACUGAGCUAUGCGUCAGGCAGAGGUGGAUGAAGACCGACAGCUUCCUCGAGUUCCGCAACGGCUGGCUCACCGUCCUCAAGGGCAUCUUGUUCCGCGUCACGCUCAUUGGUUUCCCCAUGAUGACGAUCCUCUGCCUCUGGGAGCUCACGCAGCGCGACUCGCCCGCCGAGGUUGUCCUCGCCAUCUUCUUCUUCUUCGGCAUGUUGAUCACCCUCGGCUGGGCCUCGUUCAAGGUCAUCCGCAUCGCUCGUCGCUCCGUCGCCAUGCACCGCAACCCGGCCUACAUCCUCUACUCGGACCCCCAGGCCCUCAACAAGUGGGGCUUCCUUUACGUCCAGUUCCGCGCCUCGGCCUACUAUUUCAUCGCCCCUACUCUUCUCUACACCCUCAUCAAGGGCAUGUUCGUCGCGUUCGGCCAGCACGUUGGAGUCGUGCAGGCCAUCGCCUUCAUGGUCAUUGAGGCCGCCGCUCUCAUCGCCGCCAGUGUCCUGCGCCCCUGGAUGGACAAGAGCAUCAACUCGUUCAACAUUGCCAUUUGCGUCAUGAACUUCCUCAACUCGGUCUUCCUCUUCAUGAUGACCAAUGUCUACGCCGCACCUGACAUUGUCCCCGGCGCCACCGGUGUCGUGCUGUUCAUUGCCAACGCCGCCUUCUCCCUGAUUCUGCUCAUCAUGGUCAUCAUCUCGAGCACCAUUGUCUUCUGGCGCAAGAACCCCGAUGCCAAGUACCAGUUCAUGGCCGACGACCGUGUCUCUUUCAUGAAGUCGCAGACCCAGCUGAACACGACGACUGAGCUCGACGCUCUGCCGGGACGGCCUGUGGUGACAAGGGCGGGUACAAGUGCAGCUUGA